CACAGUUUUCAGACAGCACAGCAGGCUUUGUUUACACAGCUAUCCGACCGCGGCCGGUUAGCCUGCUCUGCUCCAGCAAAUGCAUGUUCAGAGUUUGGAGGGAAGGGAUAGCCAGCCUUGAACCACAAGGGAGUGUAACCAGACGUUUUUACUUUGCGUAGAGGCCACAAAUGUGGUGAAAUUCUUCACAGGAGGAGGUGAAACAAGAGAACAUUUUGUUUUAAAUGAUUCUUUAGAAAAACCCCUCCACCGUUACACUGCUGUAUUUUCAUUGGACAAGGUGGGACCUACAGUAGAAGAAGAGAAGAACAGGCGGCAACAUUUUCAAGCUUGAGUUGUGCUUGAGGCACAGCAUUGAGGGAAUCAAAAACAGGAGGACAAACCAAGGCAUUUUGGAUAUACAAAACUUUUAUUUUCUGGAAAACCCUCUUAAGGAGUCUAUAUUUUUUGAGAGGGAAAGGUCGCUUUUGCUGUGCUAUGCAGGAGAACUCCCAUUCACUCUGUAUCUGAGAGGAAUACUUAGGAGAGAGAUCCAGAAAAAAAGCCAUGGAGUAUGAACGCAGGGACAGAGAGCCCUGCUUGUCCCCAGCAGCAUUUGUAAAUCAGGUGCAAUAUUCCAACAUCCUGGAAGGGAGGUUUAAACAACUGCAAGAUGAGCGUGAAGCAGUGCAGAAGAAGACCUUCACCAAAUGGGUAAACUCUCACUUGGGCCGGGUGACCAGUCGCAUCGGGGACUUGUACACCGACCUGCGCGAUGGCCGCAUGCUCAUCCGCCUUCUGGAAGUGCUCUCUGGAGAACAGCUGCCAAAGCCCACAAAGGGCCGCAUGCGUAUCCACUGCCUGGAGAAUGUUGAUAAAGCCCUGCAGUUUCUCAAGGAGCAAAAAGUCCAUCUAGAAAACAUGGGCUCACAUGACAUUGUGGAUGGUAAUCACCGUCUCACGCUGGGUCUCAUCUGGACAAUCAUCCUUCGCUUCCAGAUCCAGGACAUCAGUGUGGAGACGGGGGACAACAAGGAGAGAAAGUCAGCUAAAGAAGCCCUGCUGCUUUGGUGCCAAAUGAAAACUGCUGGAUACCCCAAUGUCAACAUCCACAACUUCACAACCAGCUGGAGAGACGGUCUGGCGUUCAGUGCCAUCGUGCACAAACACAGACCUGACGUGAUUGAGUUUGACAACCUGAAGAGGUCCAAUGCUCACUACAAUCUCCAGAAUGCUUUCAAUGUGGCUGAGAAGGAUUUGGGACUCACUAAGCUGCUGGACCCAGAAGAUGUUAAUGUUGAUCAGCCAGAUGAAAAGUCCAUCAUUACCUAUGUGGCGACCUACUACCAUUACUUCUCCAAGAUGAAAGCCCUGGCAGUGGAAGGCAAACGUGUUGGAAAGGUACUGGACUAUGCUAUUGAGGCUGACCAGCUGGUAGACAAGUAUGAGUCCCUUGCCUCAGAGCUGCUGCAGUGGAUUGAGCAGACCAUAGGGACGCUGAACGAUCGGCAGCUAGCUAACUCACUGAAUGCUGUGCAGAACCAGCUCCAGGCGUUCAACUCAUACCGGACUGUGGAGAAACCCCCCAAAUUUACAGAGAAAGGGAACUUGGAGGUUCUCCUUUUUACCAUUCGGAGCAAGAUGAGAGCCAACAAUCAGAAAGUGUACAUGCCAAGAGAGGGCAAACUCAUCUCUGACAUCAAUAAGGCAUGGGAGCGAUUGGAAAAAGCAGAACACGAACGAGAGCUGGCUCUGAGGAAUGAGUUGAUUCGCCAGGAGAAGCUGGAGAUGCUCGCUGCACGUUUUGACCGCAAAGCAGCUAUGCGGGAGACGUGGCUGAGUGAGAACCAGAGGCUGGUGUCUCAGGAUAACUUUGGGACUGACUUGGGAGCCGUGGAAGCUGCCACCCGUAAACACGAAGCCAUCGAGACAGACAUCGGGGCUUAUUGGGAACGCGUGGCUGCUGUGGAGUCCGUUGCCAAAGAGCUGGAAGCAGAGAGAUACCAUGAUGUGCGGCGUGUGACUGCGAGAAGGGAUAACGUGCUCCGACUCUGGGAAUACCUGAAAGAGCUUCUGGCCGCACGUAGAGAGCGGCUGAAUGCCCAUCGUGACCUCCAGAGACUGUUUGAAGAGAUGCGCUUCAUUAUGGACUGGAUGGCAGACAUGAAGGGUCGUCUGCAGUCUCAGGACAGCGGCAAACAUUUGCAUGAUGUUUUAGACCUCCUGCAGAAACACACUCUGGUAGAAACGGACAUAUCCGCUCAGGCAGAGAGGAUCAAGGUGGUCCAGGGAUCUGCACAGCGCUUCACUUCCUAUGAACAGGCCUACAAACCGUGUGAGCCGGGACUAGUUAGUGAGAAGGUCGACCAGCUGGGUCAAGCCUAUGAAGAACUCGGUCAGCUUGCUGCAAACCGCAAAGUUUGCCUGGAGGAGUCGCGCCGUCUGUGGCAGUUUCUGUGGGAUAUUGGAGAGGAGGCAGCCUGGAUCAGAGAGCAGGAGCAGAUCCUGGCGAGUGGGGACUGUGGCCGUGACCUCGCCUCUGCCCUUCACCUGCUCAGCAAACAUGAAGCCUUCACGGAUGAGAUGGCAGCCCGUUAUGGUCCCCUGAGUAACAGCAUCGCUGCCGGAGAAGCUUUGGUUGAGGAGGGACACUUUGGAGCCCCAGAGGUCACCGAGAGGAUUCAAGACAUCCGUGCACAGUGGGCACAUCUGGAGGAGACAACCAAGCUUAGAGAGCAGAGCCUCGAGGAAGCUGUGGCCCUGCAGCAGUUUCAAACAGAUGCUAAUGACAUGGAGGUAUGGAUCAUGGAGACACUUAGACAGGUGUCCAGUCAGGAGGUGGGCCACGAUGAGUUCUCCACCACAACCAUUGCCCGCAAGCAGAGGGAGAUCGAGGAGGAGAUCCAGAGUCACCGCCCCGGCAUCGACUCCCUGCAUGAGCAGGUCCAAGCAAUGCCAGAGGCCUAUCUAACAAUCCCUCAGGUGGAGGGUCGCCUUCCUGCUAUUGAGCAGCGCUUUGAAGAACUGGAGUCUCUGUCAGUAGCUCGCCGCCAGGCUCUGGAAGGCGCCCUGGCCCUCUACCGCAUGUUCAGUGAAGCUGGUGCCUGCCAGCUGUGGGUGGAGGAGAAGGAGCAGUGGUUACACAGCAUGGAGAUCCCCACCAAACUAGAGGACUUAGAGGUGGUGCAGCAGAGAUUUGAGACACUGGAGCCUGAGAUGAACAACCUAGGCACUCGUGUCACUGAUGUGAACCAGGUGGCCGAGCAGCUGCUGAGCUCCGAAAACUGCAAAAAAGACCAAAUCAACCAGACACGAGACCAACUGCACGACAGAUGGAACGAGUUUGAAAAAUUGGCUGACCAGAAGAAAGUUGCCCUGGAGUCGGCUCUGAACAUCCAGAACUACCACUUGGAGUGUAACGAGAUCCAGACAUGGAUGAAGGAAAAGACCAAAGUGAUUGAAUCCACCCAGAGCCUGGGCAACGACCUGGCUGGAGUGAUGGCACUGCAACGCAAACUCACCGGCAUGGAGAGGGACCUGGAGGCCAUUCAGGGCAAAUUAGAUGACAUGAAAAUUGAAGCUGAAAAGCUGGCCGAGGAACAUCCAGAUCAGGCCGGAGAGAUCCAAGGGCACCUGGCAGGGAUUCAAGAGGUGUGGGAGGAGCUGAACGCCACCAUGAAGCGGCGCGAGGAGUCGCUGGGCGAAGCCAGCAAGCUGCAGGGCUUCCUUAGGGAUCUGGAUGACUUCCAGUCCUGGCUGUCCCGCACCCAGACAGCCGUGGCCUCAGAGGACAUCCCCACCUCUGUGACGGAGGCUGAGAGUUUGCUAACCCAGCACGAGAAUAUUAAGAACGAGGUGGAUAACUAUAAGGAAGACUACGAGAAGAUGAGGGAUGUCGGUGAGGAGGUCACCCGAGGUCAGACAGAUGCCCAGUACAUGUUCCUGGCCCAGAGGCUCCAGGCUCUGGACACUGGAUGGCAUGAGCUGCGUCGUAUGUGGGAGAACCGUCACAGCGUUUUGGCCCAAGCCUUUGACUUCCAGACGUUCUUGAGAGACGCAAAGCAGGCGGAGGCUUUCCUCAACAGCCAGGAGUAUGUGCUGUCCCACACAGAGAUGCCUACCAGUCUUCAGGGAGCAGAGGAGGCCAUUAAGAAGCAUGAGGACUUCCUCACCACCACAGAGGCCAGUGAGGAAAAGAUACAUGGUGUGGGGGAGGCUGGACGUCGCCUCAUUAAUGACAGUAAUGCAAACUCUGAUAAGAUCCAGGAAAAAGUGGAUUCAAUCCAGGAAAGGCAUCUUAAGAAUAAGGAGAAUGCUAAUGAAUUGCUGACAAAGCUUAAGGAUAACCGUGAACUGCAGCACUUCCUACAGGAUGGACAGGAGCUCACAUUGUGGAUCAAUGAGAAGAUGCUGACGGCACAGGAUAUGUCUUAUGAUGAGGCCAGAAAUCUUCACAGCAAGUGGCAGAAACAUCAGGCCUUCAUGGCUGAGCUGGCCUCAAACAAAGACUGGCUGGACAAAAUUGAUAAGGAAGGUCAGGCGCUGGUGGCAGAGAAGCCGGAGCUGAAGCCUGUUGUUCAGCAGACCCUGGAGGACCUCCAGCGGCAGUGGGAGGAGCUUGAGGCCACCACCCGCACCAAGGCCCAGUGCCUGUUCGAUGCUAACCGGGCAGAGCUCUUCACACAGAGCUGCUCUUCUCUGGACGUCUGGCUGAAAAACCUUGAGGGUCAGCUGCAUAGCGACGACUACGGCAAAGAUUUGACUAGUGUCAACAUCCUGCUCCAGAAGCACCAGAUGCUGGAGAACCAGAUGGAGGUCAGAGAGAAGGAGGUUCAGUCCAUCCAGUCUCAGGCUCUGGCUCUGUCCCAGGAGGACGCUGGCCUCACUGAGGUAGACGGACAGCAAAAGCAUGUCACUGACAACUUCUCCAACCUUCAGGACCCUCUCCAACUGAGGAGACAGCGGCUGCUCGCCUCCAAAGAAGCACAUCAGUUCAACAGAGAUCUGGAAGAUGAAAUUCUAUGGGUGAAAGAGAGGAUGCCCCUGGCAGACUCCACAGACCAUGGGAAAGACCUGCCCACUGUACAGCUGCUCAUAAAGAAGAACCAGACACUGCAGAAGGAGAUCCAGGGUCACCAGCCGCGUAUUGAUGAAAUCCAGAGACGAGGCCAGACUCAGAGCCAGGUGGACGGUGAGAGGCAGUCGGCCCUUGAGGAGCGCCUGGUUGAGCUGGGGGAACUCUGGGAUCAGCUGAAGGCCGAGACAGACAAGCGCCAUGAUCGUCUAAUAGAGGCCAACCGCGCCCAGCAGUUCUAUGCUGAUGCGGCGGAGGCAGAGGCCUGGAUGGGAGAACAGGAGCUGCACAUGAUGUCAGAGGAAAAGGCCAAGGAUGAGCAAAUAGCGCUAGUGAUGGUCAAGAAGCACCAGACCCUGGAACAGGCCCUUGAGGACUACGCCCAAACAAUCCACCAGCUGGCCAACAGCAGCCGCCUUAUGGUCACCAGUGAACACCCAGAGAGUGAGAGGAUCACCCUACGGCAAGCACAAGUGGACAAACUGUAUGCAGGGUUGAAAGACCUCGCUGAGGAGCGUCGCGGGCGUCUUCAGGAGAGGCUGCGGCUGACCCAGCUGAAGCGGGAGGUGGAUGACCUGGAGCAGUGGAUUGCUGAGAGGGAGGUGGUAGCUGGCUCCCACGAACUAGGACAGGACUAUGAGCAUGUCACAAUGCUGAGGGACAAGUUCCGGGAGUUUGCUCGUGACACCAGCACCAUCGGCCAGGAGCGAGUAGAUGGAGUCAACGAGCUGGCAGACGACCUGAUUGAGUCGGGUCACCCUGAGAACGCCAGCGUGGCCGAGUGGAAGGACGGGUUGAACGAGGCCUGGGCCGACCUGCUGGAGCUGAUCGACACACGCACACAGAUGUUAGCAGCCUCCUACGAGCUGCACCGCUUCCACCAGGACGCCAUGGAGGUGCUCGAACGUGUGAAGGAGAAGAAGGAGGGUCUGCCUUCUGACCUCGGCCGGGAUCUGAACACCGUUCAGCAUCUACACAGGCAGCACAACACGUUCGAAAAUGACAUCCAGGCCCUCAGCGGACAGGUGAACCAGGUGCAAGAUGACGCUGCACGCCUACAGAAGGCUUACGCUGGAGAGAAAGCUGAUGACAUUAACAGGAGUGAGAGUGCUGUGUCUAUUGCCUGGGAGGCUCUGCUGAAGGCCGGUCAGGCCCGCAGGCUCCUCCUGCUGGACACUGUGGAGAAGUUCCGCUUCUUCAACAUGGUGCGAGACCUCAUGCUCUGGAUGGACGGCGUCAACCUGCAGAUAGACGCUCAUGACAGCCCCAGGGACGUGUCCUCUGCAGGGCUGGUCAUUGCCAAUCAUCAGGAUAUCAAGUCAGAGAUUGAGACCAGGGCUGACAGCUUCACCGCCUGCGUUGAUUUGGGAAAAUCUCUCAUCAACAAUAAUCACUAUGCAUCUGAUGAGAUCCGGGAGAAACUGGCUCAACUGCAAGAAAAGAGAGAAAGGAUCAACAGAAACUGGCAAGACAAGAUGGACCAUUUACAAAUUGUGCUGGAGGUGUUGCAGUUUGGUCGCGAUGCCUAUGUGGCAGAGUCAUGGCUGGCAGGGCAAGAACCUCUGGUGCGAGCAGCAGAGCUGGGCUCUAACGUGGACGAGGUCGAGAGCCUCAUAAAGCGCCAUGAGGCCUUCGAGAAACUCGCUACAGCCUGGGAAGACCGCUUUGUGCUGCUGGAGAAACUCACCACGCUCGAGGAGCAUGAGGUUCAGAGGAGGCGAGAGGAGGAGGAGCGAGCGCGGCGACCCCCUACACCCCCCCCUGCAGAAGUGGCACAAACUGAGGCAGAAAGUCAAGCACAUGAUUCUGCAGCCAGAACCAGUCUGGACCAGACCACACUCAAUCAGACGGUGUCGGUGAAUGGAGUGCACAGCGACAACGACACCUCACAGGGCUCAGAGUCCGAGUCGAACGGACCCGGCAGGGACAGCGGGCUGGCGUCGUCUCGCCUCGAGCCCUCGGCCACGUUACCCAGCAGGGGGGGGGCCGAGUCCGAUCCAGACACCAUGGAGGGCAUGCUCUGUCGAAAACACGAGAUGGAGUCCCACAGCAAAAAGGCAGCUACCAGGUCCUGGCAGAACGUGUACUGUGUCUUAAGAAAAGGAAGCCUCGGUUUCUAUAAAGACGGAAAGAGCGCUAGCAACGGCAUUCCUUACCACGGAGAGGUUCCCAUCAGCCUCGGGGACGCCGUGUGUGAGGUAGCCAACGGAUAUAAGAAGAGGAAAUUUGUAUUCAAGCUCAGCAGGCUCGGGGAUGGAAAAGAGUUCCUGUUCCAAGCAAAGGAUGAGGCGGAGAUGAGCGCCUGGAUCAGCUCCAUCAUCAGCUCCAUGCCCACGGGGUCAGGUGACUCGCCGGUGGGUCCGCGGGCCCUCAGCCGCGCCAUGACGAUGCCCCCCAUCUCCCCCAGCUCAGGAGAAGGGGGAGGAGUCACCAUGCGCAACAAAGACGGGAAAGACAAGGAUCGUGAAAAGAGGUUCAGCUUCUUCGGCAAGAAAAAAUAGAAACACUUUUUCGAUGUAUUGUAAAAAUCGAUGGAAACAACAUUUACAACUAAAUUUCAGCAAACAGAAGCAGGCAGAGAGUAAACUGCUCUCAGAUCAGCCCCGGGGGAUUCUCAACGUGGCUUUCAGAGAACUUUGUUCAAUUUUCCUUCUCUCUGAUUCUCUCCCUCGCCAAUUUUUUUUAUCCGUCAUUUAGUUUUUCGUUCACCAAAAUCAUAUUUCACAUUAAGCUGCACCCAACUAUGAAAGCCCUCAUCCAAUUUCAGCCGACCCGCUGAGAUUAUAAAUCUAAGUCAGUGUCGGGGGGUUUGGCAUUAACAGGGAUUCAGUUUCAAUCCACCAAAACGGCCUUCCUUCAGCAUGAAUAGUUUCUCUUCAGUGAGUCUUCACUAGCUGAGCCGUUUCCAUGACGAGCCGCUAAUAAAACAAUGGAUGGUGGCUUUCCACUCUGGUGCACACCGGUUUUAUUUCUCUGCUCUUAAGCGCUCUGUUUUUUUGGGAAGGAUCACAUCAGUCGCUUUUUCUGUUCUCGGUAUUGAUGUUAUUAACCUGACCGAUAUUUUUGCUGUUAUUAUUAUUAUUAUUAUUUAUCUUUUGCUAUUGCUGGUUUGAGAAAACAAAGUAAUUAAGUUUCCAGUAGAUAAUCUUGAUUCAUGUUGUGGAGAGAAACACUUUUGGUUAAACUAGUGGAGAAUGUUGGGCUUGCCCUUGUAUGUAUUAUUAUUAUUAUUAUUGAUUUCCUUUAGGAAUGACAGUUGAUGAGGUGUUUUGAGAAAAAAUAAAGCUCAUUGAAUUUUAGCAGUGUGCAGUAAGUGAUCACAAGUUUCAUUGGGAAAAUGAUAUAUAUAUAUUUAAUAAGUGGUUUUAUUUUUUAUUUUGUCUCUAAUUUUGCCUGUAUUUGAUUUCCUUUGAGUGAUCUUUUUCUGCUUGAUUUUCACAUUUCUUUAUUUCUGUACAAAGCAGAUAAGAUUAGUUUUCUAGUGUGUGUGUGUGUGUGUGUGUGCGAGUGUGUGUGUGUGUGUGAGUUGUGGUGCCGUGGAUUUUGCACGUUAAUGUUAUUCCUGCUCAAACGUGGCCAGAUGAAUGCUGCUUUUCGGCUCCGCAGACAAACAUAAUAAUUACUGGAAUUAUUUCAUAAAAUCAGCUUUUCCUUUGCUUCUGGUUUUUAAUUCUAUGUAAGCUGACAUUACCAAUGAAGUUCCACCAGACGGUUUCAUUAUUUCUGUUUUUUUAAGUCUUCUAAUAUCUAUUUCCGUUCUUAAUUUACUGGUGUGAAGGCAUGGGGGCAGUUUGUAGAUAAUAAAAAAAAAAAAAGCUGAAGCACAUUUUCUGUGGCGGACGCAGCUGAGCAGGACAGAUGGACAGGUCUCAUUAAGUGAAGAGAGCGAUGUGGAAGUGAUUUUGGACUGACAAAUAUGCUUUAUGUGCUACCUGACAGAGAGAGGAGCCUUACUUGAACCCACAACAGAUUCACAGACCCCCUUUUUACAAAACCCAUCCUCCAUUCGAACAGUCUUAAAGGAAGCUAACAUAAUACGGAGAUAAGAAUGUUAAAAAUGUGCCCUGUGGCAAUGAUCUUGUGUACGUCAGUGGAUUUAAAUGAAGGUACAGCACAAAUCACAGCAAAGAGGGGAAGAAAAUCCUAAAUUGUCUCUUAGAUGAGCUUGCAUAUGUGGCAUGACUUCAUGUAGGUUUAUACGUGUAUGUGUCUCAUCAUUGCCAUCUCUUCUGUGUUGAUGUACUCUUAAAAACGUGAGAUCACUUCAUUUCCAAGGUUGGAGAUAAACAUUAAAUGUAAUUGGCAUUUGCAUUGAUCCAGAACAUGAUAAUGGCAAUAUAGUUAAUGUAAAAUGUGUUUAAUAGUGCCUCAAAUAGGGUACAUGUUUGAAAUGACAAGAGCAUUUACAGUAUAUUGUGAGACUGUAGGCGGUAGUACAAUUUUAUAUCAAUUGGUUGUUAAGUGUUAUUAUUGUAAGUCACUUCAAUCCAAGUUCUAAUUUGCCUUUUCUAACUGCCAAAAAUGCAACAGGAAGUAACAGGAUAACAAUUCUGAAUUCAGGAGUUUAAUGGAAUAUUUGAGGUAGGUUGCGAGUUAUAAAAUAUUUGUAAUUUAGCACACCUUGAAAGCAACUCUUCAAAGCUGGUAAUGGAUGUACACGCCAUGCCUUGGAGGCCACAGGAAUGUCUCACCAAACUGUUGAGCUGAAAAUAAACUGGAUGCCGUUUGAACAGGUUGGCCUUAUUUAUUAACAGUCCCAAUUGAAUGUGGAACCAGUGAUUUUAUAUUUUAAAUCUAACACCCUCCAAGCCAGAAAAUUACCUAAAGAUGGACUUUGAAACUAUUUGACAGCACUUGACUACCUUCUCUCUGUCAGUGGGAUUUUGUAUCUAGGGUGUGACGCAGCUCCCAGUGUAAGCAGCCUUAAACUUAAGCUGCUCUAUUGGGGCUAAGUCAGUGAGGUCGGUGCAUACAUAAGUGAGCCAACGCAGUUAUCGUACAUUGUGCACAAUCUCCAGGAGUCAUUAUGGAUGCAUCAAGUGGAUUAGCUGUUUCCAGUGGCUAUACCUUGCUCUGGACAUCAGAUAUAGCAUCCAGUUAAGGACUAAAGGUCACACAGUGUAUUUUCUUAUCAGCUCAUUUGAAUGUGAAUAAUUCAAAUUAGUUUGGCCAAAUUGGUCAUGUGAAGCAGAAAUAUUUCUCCUACUUGACAUACUGUACACACACAUUAAACCUGUGCUGUAUAUUUAAUGCAGAAUGACCCUGGCGACCUAGUGUUUAGGGAACGUCCUCAGCUGGCUGUGAUUUCACGUUGCAUACGGCAUCCGUUCAAAAAAAGGAGCGUUGUGCUACUGGUGAGCUUUGACCAGAACAUUGGGAGUGAUGUGUCGUUGUCAAAGAGAGGAGUUGAAACAAUGGGGUACUUGAUGAAGAAAAACAACCACUUUUACUUGUUUGGUAUUAGAUAUUGGUGAAAUGAUGCUGGUGACAAUUUGAGCUUCCUUUUUUAGAAGGCGGCAGGGUAUUUGCUGUCUAGUGGGAGCUUGUAUUUUUUCAUCCAGUGGUCUGUCUUGCAGCAUUUGAUAAGCCUGUCCUCCUACCUUCAUUUCUCAUUACUUUUGACGAAUGUCUGUUCCUUCCUCUGUAAUUCAGAGUUGUUAAUACCACUACUAUUAUUAAUUGCUAUUAUUAUCACUAUUGCUACUGUUGUUACUAUUACUACUACUGUUACUAAUGCAACUUAUUAUUGCAAAAGUUAUAACUGCUGUCCAUUUUCAGGUACGUGUCUGUGAUACCAGACCCUUCCACACGAUGUCAGUGUGCUGUGGAGCAUUUUCAUUAUGAAUCGAAAAAUAAUGUUUGUUGAAUUGUGUAUCUACAUCUAAUAUUAGGAAUAAUAAAACAUGGUUUAAU